AUGCCGCGACAGAUCUAUUAUAUUCACGAGAGGCUCAAGAACAAUAGCGAGGACCUGAAGAAGAUUAACGAUGUGAUCGAGGGCCACAUUACUGACGAGGCAUUCGAGCUGGAGUACGCUACCAGGACAACAACAACAUCUACAUCUGGAACGUGGCACCCGAUCCACGAGCGAGGAGACGACGAAGAAGAAGACGGUUACGCCAAGAUGGCCGCACUCGAGUCUCGGCUGGACCGUUCCGUUCGCGCCGUUCGAACGCGAACCCUGCAAUCUCGUGUGUUGUGCCUGCAGGAACUGUGCCGGCUCAGGCUGGUCUCGACGCGUUCGCUGCCCCAGUGGAAAACCCUGACGCAGGGCUUCACCGAGCGCAUCCAGCGCCGUGCCUGCCUCUUCUCGCUCGUCCACUUCAACGGCUGCGGGGUCAACUUCUGUCUGCAGCGAUACUUCUCCGAGUCGGACCACCUGACCUACUGGAUCAGCUGCACGCUGGACAGAAAGCGGUACAUGGCGGUCAGGGCGCCGAACUACAACGCGGACCGGCUGCUGGAGGACGACAACUUGUGGCACUGGGCCUCGCCUCGAACACCCGCACGUCCUCUCAGUGCUGGCAGUGGCGGUGAACGCGCCAGGCGUCCAGGUGUACCUGGUCACCAUGGCACCCGACGACGGUUUAGAGCACUUUACCGGCAUCCUCACCUGUCAGAGAUCUCUGCGUCCACGAGCUCCACCUGUGGAAGUUCCUGCGCCAGCUCUGCUCGGCUCUCAUCUACCUCCGAGAUCAGGGCUUGACCGUGGAGCCGUUCGACUUCUUCAACGUGUACUUGCGCCGCACCGACCUGGUGCUUAACAGCGGGCUCGUAUGGAACCGGCGCCGCUUCGAGAUCACCUCGCUGCCCGGUUCCCUGUGGUCGCGCCUCCUGCGGCCGGACGACGACUUCGCCGCGGUCUACGCGGCCAUCUCGACCACCGAACACGAGGCCACGGCGUUUUCGGUCGCCGUGGUCGUGGCUCAGCUUGUGGCACUCGCCUUCAGCGACGACCCGGCUGAUACGAUCAGUCGUCGACGUACGUCCGCUUCGGGAUGCCUGCAGGCCGUACACCGCAUGUACGGCAUCGAGCUCGUCCUAUCGCCAUGCUCGUACGGCCAGCAGCUUAUGUCCACGCUGGCCGAGAUGUUUCGAACUCCCCAGCCCAACCUGGAGACUAUCCACGACAGGGCCGAUGGGAUGUAUGCGUCCAUGGCGUCCUUGGACGCCCGCUACUGAAG